GAAGUACAAUAACGAAAAAUUUAUUUUCUGGGACAUUUCCGAUUUGCAAAACACACAAUCUAGGAUCUUCUUGACGGGAGAAAUUUGCGAGCAAUUUGAAGCGGAAAAAGAAGGAGCCGUUAUCGCCCUUGUCAACCCAGUUGUGAAGGACAAGGAUCCACAGUAUUAUAACUCCAGGUUGUUAGAAGUGUUGGACAAAACAAAAUUAAAAGUUAUUGGAUUAAUCGAUAAAUUGGAAAGGUGUAAGGGGAGGAAGCGAAAUGGGGAGAAAUGCAAAAUUGUCAUUUACACACCUCUCUUUGGCCACUUUUGCAAGUACCACGUUAAGCAGGAUCGAACAAAACGGGGGAAGAAAAAGUACGGCAGAAGCGCCAGGUACGUGGAAGUGGGACCAAUUACGUGGGACGAGGGGGAAGAAGCGGCAGCGGUGGGCGAAGUGGACGAAGUGAACGCAGCGGAUGAAGCGGAUGAAGCGGACGAAGCGGACGAAGCGGACGGAAAGGAAAACGGCUCUUCCACAACCACCACCGAGACGGACAAGAAAACAAAAAAGAAGAAAAAGAAAAAGGAAGACACAGGCGGUACAGGCGGAGCGGACGCUGCCAACGCGGCGGGCGGAGAAUCCUUCGACAUCGAAUCCAUCAUAGGCAUGUACACAAACAAAAUAGUGGAACUGGUGGAAAACAGAAUAAAAGAACUGGACAACUUUUCAAAGCUAACGAAUGAUGGACUUGAUCUGGAGCUCCUGAACGAAAAGCAACCCACAGAAAAAGAAGAAACCGCAACGACGCAGAAGUCUGCCAACGCUAUCCUAACAGAACAGUGCCCCGAACUUAUACACUUAAUUUACAAAUCGAAUAAGGCGGAUGAAGACGAACAAGAAGUUAGUCAAAAGGAAAAAUUAAGAAUCAAAGAAGAAUCUCGAAAAAAAAAUGAACAGCUAGCUGCAUCCAAUGAAGAAAAGCAAAAAAGGAAGUUUGACAAUUUCUUAGUCAAAUUAAUUGAGUUACAAAAAUCGAAAGACGAAAAUGAUGUGAAGACUCUCUUAAACGGGCUCAUUUACGUAACCAAUAAUUUCCACUUUAGCUUAAAACAUGUAAGCAGCUCCAACAUCUUUGACGUGUGCUACAAACUUAUGGAUCAUAGGAGUGAGGAAGUUGCCAUGGCUGCUCUGAAAUUCAAGAGGAAAAUUAACACCCUUUAUAUUGAUUACUACAAAGAUAAGCUUAAGAGGCAGAAAGUUAAGCAGUCUGCGAAGGAGGGUCAGGACGCUGCUCACGUCGAGGUGGACAAAGGCGAACAGGACCAGCAGGUGUGUGCAUAA